AUGGGGCUCUGCCAAUCAUGCCUCGGAAGGCGGCAGAAGGACGUCUACGACGAGACUGAAGAGAACCGCCUCCUGUACGACGAUGGAAACGGCAUGCAGUACGGCAGCUUCGGCGAUGGCACGCUCAACGGAGAAGGCGACACUGCCGAGGCCCAGCGAGAGAAUGAGGCCCUGCAGCGAGUGGUCGCAAAGACAUCCAACAACAUGGUCGACAUCUUCGAGAUCGCUCCCCAAGACGCCACCGGCCGCAAAUCCACGACAGCACUCUUUGCCUACGCUGGCCAAGGCGCCCGUGUCGCGCGGUACCACCACCUCGUAUCGAAGCUCAGCACGCAGGAGGACAGUCCGCCAGCUGGCAUCAAAGUUGACUGGCUUGCCGACGAAGAUUCGAGUGAGGCACACGACAACCGACCAGCUAGCCUGAGAACACUUGAAGACGACGACGCAGCCCUUGUUGGGACCUUUGCAGAUGCGGCCGCGGCCAUGAAAUCAUAA